AUGGAAAUUACAAAAUUGGAAAAUAGUAACAGGGAGUUAGAAGUUGAUGUAACAGUCAAAGAACGAACAAAUUUAGAGAAAGAAGAAGAAAUUCGAGAACUAGAAAAGAAGAAGGAAAUAGACACGAGUUUAUCUAACAAAAAAGUUAAGGAUAGCUUCAAGAAAGCCACUCGUGGAACGGUAGCUAAUUGGGAUAGUGUCCAUAUGAUAAUCAUUUGUAUGUAUUUUAAAAUGAAUAUCAUUGGUGCCGAUAUUUCGAUCGGCAAGUUUAAAAAGGAAACUUUUAGAUCUGCGGAUUUCGUAUAUCUUGUUACAACCAGCCCGAUUAGGACUGGUUACAUGAAAUUUGUUGAACGAGAUACGGAAGGUUUUUCAUUAUUUACUCUCAUCUCUCUCGGAGGACUAAAGGUAAAGAAGAGACCACCGAGUGGUCCUCUCCCCUCAGCAUGUAAACAAAUUUCUAUGGGAAAUGAGAUAACGGAUGGUGAAAUUGUGAAAGAAUACAACAAGAAAUACGGAGGCUUUUUCGGAAAAGUUAGGAUCAACAAAUUGAAAUAUAUCUUAAUAUACUUUAACAACGAAAAUGAUAUGAUGAACGCGAUAUACAAAUCAGGGAUGGAAGAUGAGUUAGGAAAAGGAUUACAAUUGAUCAAGAUGAGCUUAUAG